GGUUUCCACCUUCUUGGCGAGUUCUCGAAGACUGAGGUCUUGGCCUCUCAGGGAGAGCACGUUCCCUGGUCUCGCGACUGGCCACUCCAGAUCAAGUGGAGGGGAUCAAAGGGGAAGUGGCGAAGGAGCUGAGCUUGCGAUGGAGCCGGCUGUCAUUCGGGAAGUUCUUUGAAGAAACCCGUCAGAACAGUGUCCUCUUGGGGGAGCGGUGAGGCCAAAGCUGAGGUCCCCCGGAGAUCGCUCCUCAUAGAGCUGGGUGCGAGAAACCAGGGACUCCCUUGGGGGCUGAGAGAAUUCGAGGGACUGUGGGAGUGGGUGUCUGCUGGAUCCUCAAGAAAAAGGCAGGGUUACCUUGGAUGAGCACCUGAAUGAAAGAAGGAGGGAGGAAGUCAUUUGCCGGAAUCGGAGCGUCUUUCUCUAUCCGGAGGAAACCCCUUUGUGCAUUGAGCUAGGACCACAAAUGGGUUGAGGGCCAAGACAGAUCACUCCUCCCCGUUUUUGCCCAACUCAGUUGUGAGAGUGAGGGCCUUGAUAGGACUGACUACUUCAGUGCUUAGAAUCUGAGAAAAAUGGCAAAUAUGGAUAAUGAUUCUAGGCAUCUUCUCAUCCCUGAAGUAGAUCAUGAAAUAAAUCCCGGACCUAUGAAUAUCCAGUUUGAUUCAUCAGAUCUAAGAUCCAAAAGGCCAUUCUAUAUAGAGCCCACAAACAUCGUCAGUGUGAAUGAAGUCAUUCAGAAGGUUAGCGACCAUGCCUCUGCCAUGAACAAGAGGAUUCAUUACUACAGCCGGCUCACCGCUCCUGCAGACAAGGCACUGAUUGCCCCAGAUCAUGUAGUUCCAGCUCCAGAAGAGUGCUAUGUAUAUAGUCCAUUGGGUUCUGCUUAUAAACUUCAAGGUUAUGCUGAAGGAUAUGGUAAAAAUACCAGUUUAGUAACCAUUUUUAUGAUUUGGAAUACCAUGAUGGGAACAUCUAUACUAAGUAUUCCUUGGGGCAUAAAACAGGCUGGAUUUACUACUGGAAUGUGUAUCAUCAUGCUGAUGGGCCUUUUAACACUUUAUUGCUGCUACAGAGUAGUAAAAUCACGAGCUAUGAUAUCAUCAGUGGAUAUCACUACCUGGGAAUAUCCAGAUGUCUGCAGAUAUUAUUUUGGCUCCUUUGGGCAGUGGUCAAGCCUCCUUUUCUCCUUGGUAUCUCUCAUUGGAGCAAUGAUAGUUUAUUGGGUGCUUAUGUCUAAUUUCCUUUUUAAUACUGGAAAGUUUAUUUUUAAUUUUAUUCAUCACAUUAAUGACACAGAUGCUGUACUGAGUACUAAUGAUAGCAACCCUGUGAUUUGUCCAAGUGCUGGGAAUGGCGGCCAUCCUGACAAUGGCUCUAUGAUUUUCUACGCCAAUGACACGGGACUCCAACAGUUUGAAAAGUGGUGGAAUAAGUCAAAGACAGUGCCCCUUUAUCUCAUAGGGCUCCUGCUGCCACUGCUCAAUUUCAAAUCCCCUUCAUUUUUUUCAAAGUUUAAUAUCCUAGGCACAGUGUCCGUUGUCUAUUUGAUUUUCCUUGUCACCUUGAAGGCUAUUCGCCUGGGAUUUCAUUUGGAAUUUCACUGGUUUACGCCAACAGAAUUUUUUGUACCAGAAAUAAGAUUUCAGUUUCCACAGCUGACUGGAGUGCUUACCCUUGCUUUCUUUAUUCAUAACUGUAUUAUCACACUCUUAAAGAACAACAAGAACCAAGAAAACAAUGUGAGGGACUUGUCCAUUGCUUACAUGUUGGUGACAUUAACUUAUCUCUAUAUCGGAAUCCUGGUUUUUGCUUCAUUUCCUUCACCACCGUUACCCAAGGAGUGUAUAGAACAGAAUUUUUUAGACAACUUUCCGAGCAGUGACAUCCUGUCCUUCAUUGCAAGGAUAUUCCUGCUAUUCCAGAUGAUGACCGUCUACCCACUCCUAGGCUACUUGGCUCGUGUCCAGCUGUUGGGCCACAUCUUCGGUGACGUUUAUCCUAGCAUUUUCCAUGUGUUGAUUCUUAAUCUAAUUAUUGUGGGAGCUGGAGUGAUCAUGGCCUGUUUCUACCCAAACAUAGGAGGAAUCAUAAGAUAUUCAGGAGCAGCAUGUGGCCUGGCCUUUGUAUUCAUAUAUCCAUCUCUCACCUAUAUAAUUUCUCCCCCAAGUUUUCGUCUGACAUGGCCCAAAUUAAUCUUUCACGUUUUCAUCAUCAUUUUGGGCGUGGCUAACCUGAUCAGUCAGUUUUUUAUGUGAAAUACUCAACUAUCUUCUCAAGAUCUUUCAUGGUAUUUUGAACUUUGACAACAGUUUCACAUAAAUUCACUUGUAAAUAUUGUUGAUGUUGUAAUUCUAAAUUUUUUUCUAAGAUAAUUUGAUAACAAGGGAAAUAGUAAUCCAAUUUAUAAAUAAGUAAUUUUGAUUAGCAUGGGGAUGAUCUUGGUCUCUAGCUUUUUCAUAUUUACUCGCCUAUUUAUUUUCAUUGUCUUUUCUGAGUAGAAAUGUAUGCUGUGUUUUGGUUUUAGAUAUAUAAGAUAGGUGGGUUUAUUUUGGCUACAAUAGAUUCUCAGGGUGCCACACAGCAAUGUAUUGCCAGAUCCUAUUUCUGUUUUUUAUGUCACUGUAUUCACUUUCAUUUUAUUACUUGCUAGACCAUUUUUGCAGUUUGCCCAAACCUUUACUGUUUGGGACAGUAAACCAAAUACCUCAUUUUUAAAAAGAAAUCUCUAUGACAUCAGUGUUAAUAGAGUUAAUUUUUUAACUAUGUCCUCAAUCUCUAUUCGAAAGAGAAAGAGAAAGAGAGGGGUUGGGGGGCCAGUGAGGAAAAGAGAAAGGAACCUUGUCAGUACAGGCCCCAAGGUCAUGAAAUUUAUGCAAAAUAAAUGAACUAGAAGAGUUUUGUUGCUGUCUGACUUCUCUUUUGUUUCUAAUCCAGUACCAGUGACUUAGGUCAAAAUUCUAGUUCCCCCAGCCAGAUUUUGCCUAGGGACAGAUAUGAUUUUCCCCAUAGAUGGAUACGGGGCCAUAGGGAGGCGGGGAGUCUUUUGCUUUCUGGAUCCUUGAGCAUUGCGUAGGAUGCCAUGACAGGACCAGUGGGGAAGAAUGUAGGAAGCAUGGCAGAGAAGGGUACAUGAGGCAGGGGAGAAGGGAGUGGAGAAGGGGCCAGGAAGAGUGAGGGGUAAAAGUGGUUUUAUCACUACAGAAAAGGAUUAAUUCUGUCUGAGAUAUGACCUCCAGAAGGACAUCAACUCCCCCACCUCUCCCACCCUCCUACCCCACCUCCACGCCCACUUCUGUAACUGGCAGGAUAGAGGUUCAAUUCGCACCCCUGUCCCCCAAACUCCUUGUGUCUAAGAAAAGGAUUAGGUAAUCUGAAUCAUUGGAAUUUAUAGUCUCCUCUUUUUCAUUCAAACUAAAAGCUAAACCAGUGUGAAAAUCCAUGUCUUCCAUAUAACACAGCCUCAGUGUUCUGAAAAAGUUAGAUUUCUCUAAUUUUAGGCUAACACUAAAAAGUAUGUUGUGUUAAUAUACAUCCCAUAUCCCAGGAUGGUGUAUAGAUUUGUGUUAUUUCUGUCCUUUGAGAAAGAUGGGUGAAAUAGCCUUUUUUUAAUCUAGUAAAGAGCUACAGAUUCUAGACCAGUCGUAAUUUCUUUCAGCAAAGCAUUCAAUCCAGUCCAUAGAUACAUAUCUAUAUUGAUGAACUAUAUUUCCUAAACUUCUUUUUUUUGAAGUGUCAUGAAAAUUUUCAAGCAUACACAGAAGUGGAAAAAAAUAAUAUGCUAACCCCUUCCCCAUAUACCCAUUCCCUAGAUUUAGUAAUUAUAAAACUACAUUCGCUUUACCUAUUCUCUUUUUUUCUUUUUCACUGAAAUGUUUAAAGCCAAUCUCAGAUCUUAUGUCAUUUUAUCGCUAGAAACCUUAAUAUGCACUAAAAUUGCCUUUCGAACUUAGUUACAUUGGUUGACAGAGACAGCCUCGAAAGUGUUUGUUAGCAAAAACUGUUGACAGAAGUUGGGUUAAUGAGAAAAUUCUGCAUUAGGUGUUUGGAUCUUUGUGUUAACCUCUCUUAGAACAGGGAUAUGAUGCAUGGAGAUAGCGUGUCUCUCCGUGCUUGGGUGUCCCUGCAUCUUUUUGACUUCAGAGUCUUGUUCAGUGAGUGACAUAGGAAUCAAAAGCUAGGUAGCUCCUUGAGAGAUCCUUUAGGCUUAAUCCUUGUUUAUCCCUGGUUGCCUCUCUCGUCUUUAAAAACAUGAGAUUUCAUUGCCUCUUCUCAGUAUACUUGAAUAUUAUUUUGACAUGUGGAAAAAUGAUUUGGUAUAUUUUUGCCCAUUUAAUGUUCAAAGUGAAUAUGACAAUGAAUGCAUUACUUACCAAACUAAAAACCAAUGUGUGUCUGUGUGUGUAUUCAUAUUUUGUUUUCUUUAAAAGACUUGAUAAUUUAGAACUUCUAAAAUCCUGCCUUGGACUUAUGCUGAAUGACUUUGCCUUCUUUAGUUUCUUUUCAUGAAACCAACUCCUCUGGUCUGUUAUUUAGCUUGAUCAGAAACUCUUUGUGUGGGUGUAUAUGUCCUGGCUCACACAUUAGUAUGAUGAGAUAUGAACUCAUUCAGAUCCCAUUAUAAUUAAUUUUAGACUUGCUCUACUGUCAUCUCUUAGAAUUUUCUAAUUAAAUUUAUUUUACUUUUU